GAAACAAAUUGACUUUAAUUAAGCAUUAUGCAAAGCGCCAAUCUCUCAGAGCGCUAAUCCGCAAAGUUUGCCUCAAUUGCGGUUCCAGCACCUAAAUUAGUCGAGCAGCGACACUCAGCCCGUUCACUUGCAACAUGAGGAGCGACGAGAUCAUCGAGAAGAUUCGCAACAAGUUGAAGGAAUCGGAUCCUGCCCGGCGCACCGUCGUUAACACGUUUCAGUUCAACUUCACCGACGUGGAUGGUAAUCUCAUCAAGAGCAUGGUCUUUGAUUUCAAAGCAUUGGACAUCUACGAGGGGAGUGCUUCCGGUGUCGAUGCGCAGGUCACCAUUUCCGAUGAGGACUUUUACUUGGUGGGCACUAAACAAAAGACUUUCCAGGAGGUGUUGCAGCAGGAGAAGGCCAAGAUCGAUGGCGAUGAGGAGGCCAUCAAUAAAAUGCUGGAGAAGUUUCGCAUAAAUUCUCAAAACUAGCUCAGCGACACGAUGUAAUGAUGCAUGCAUUUCGUUUAUUAUAUAAUACACCUUACAUUUAUUCGUA